AUGGGAGUCCCCCACGGCUACGAGAUCGAGUUCGUCUUCGGGCAGCCCCUCAACCCCCAACUCAACUACACGGCGGAGGAGGAACGGCUCAGCCGCAGGAUCAUGCGCUAUUGGGGGAACUUCGCCCGCACGGG